CCCAAUAAAUCAUAAAUAAUCGACAGUAUUUCUUGUUGCUCAACGUGUAAUCGGCUAGAGCAAAACAUAAAUUCCAGAACUCCACGCAAACACUCUUUGGGUGCCGGCGUGUGUGUGUGUGCGUCAGUGUCAGUGUCGUGUCCGUGUACGGCCGAAAUUGCAGUUUGACUUAGCACAGUAGUAGAAACAACUAAAGUACAAGAAGCAAACAAAGAAUAAGAACAACAACAAGUUGUCUGCCACCCUUUCUGACCUUUAAACAAAUUCCAAGCAAUUGAAGUUGAAGCAAAGCUGCAAAAAUGUCGCCGAAAUCGCUAAAUGUGCGCGUCACCACAAUGGAUGCGGAACUGGAGUUUGCCAUUCAGUCGACAACGACGGGCAAACAACUGUUCGAUCAGGUGGUGAAGACGAUUGGUCUGCGUGAGGUUUGGUUCUUUGGACUGCAGUAUACGGACUCCAAAGGUGAUUCCACAUGGAUUAAACUAUACAAAAAGGUGAUGAAUCAAGAUGUGAAAAAGGAGAAUCCACUGCAGUUCAGAUUCCGUGCCAAAUUCUAUCCGGAAGAUGUGGCCGAGGAGCUGAUACAGGACAUCACACUGCGUUUGUUCUAUCUGCAAGUGAAGAAUGCCAUAUUGACGGACGAGAUCUAUUGCCCACCGGAGACAUCGGUGCUCUUGGCCUCAUAUGCUGUCCAGGCCCGACAUGGCGACCACAAUAAAACGACCCACACAGCUGGUUUCCUGGCCAACGAUCGGCUGCUGCCGCAGCGCGUCAUCGAUCAGCACAAGAUGUCCAAGGAUGAGUGGGAGCAAUCGAUUAUGACCUGGUGGCAAGAGCAUCGCAGCAUGCUGCGCGAAGAUGCAAUGAUGGAGUAUUUGAAAAUCGCCCAGGAUUUGGAAAUGUAUGGCGUUAACUAUUUCGAGAUACGCAACAAGAAGGGCACCGAUCUAUGGCUGGGCGUUGAUGCGCUCGGCCUGAACAUCUAUGAGCAGGACGAUCGCUUAACGCCAAAAAUCGGUUUCCCCUGGUCGGAGAUACGUAACAUUUCGUUCUCGGAAAAGAAAUUCAUCAUCAAGCCCAUCGACAAGAAGGCGCCCGACUUUAUGUUCUUUGCACCGCGUGUUCGCAUCAACAAGCGCAUUCUCGCCCUCUGCAUGGGCAACCAUGAGCUCUAUAUGCGUCGUCGCAAGCCCGACACCAUCGAUGUGCAGCAGAUGAAGGCGCAGGCGCGCGAAGAGAAGAACGCCAAACAGCAGGAGCGUGAGAAGCUGCAGCUGGCGCUGGCCGCACGCGAGCGUGCCGAGAAGAAGCAGCAGGAGUAUGAGGAUCGCCUCAAGCAAAUGCAAGAGGAGAUGGAGCGUUCGCAGCGCGAUCUGCUUGAAGCGCAGGAAAUGAUCCGUCGCCUGGAGGAGCAGCUGAAGCAGCUGCAGGCCGCCAAGGAUGAGCUUGAGCUGCGCCAGAAGGAGCUGCAAUCGAUGUUGCAGCGCCUGGAGGAGGCCAAGAACAUGGAGGCCUACGAGAAGGCCAAGCUCGAGGAGGAAAUCAUGGCCAAGCAGCAAGAGGUGCAGCGCAUCCAAGACGAAGUCAAUGCCAAGGAUGAGGAGACCAAGCGUCUACAAGAUGAGGUCGAGGAGGCACGUCGCAAGCAGGCUGAGGCUGCUGCUGCUCUAUUGGCUGCUUCAACCACGCCACAGCAUCUGCAUGUGACCGAGGAUGAGAAGGAGAAUGAGGAGGAGAUGACGAAUGGCGAUGCUGGCGGCGAUGUCUCACGCGAUUUGGACACCGAUGAGCACAUCAAGGAUCCCAUUGAGGACAGACGCACGCUGGCCGAGCGCAAUGAGCGCCUGCAUGAUCAGCUUAAGGCACUGAAGCAAGAUCUGGCGCAGUCACGUGACGAAACGAAAGAGACGGCAAAUGAUAAGAUUCAUCGCGAGAAUGUGCGCCAGGGACGUGACAAGUACAAGACGCUGCGUGAGAUUCGCAAGGGCAACACAAAGCGUCGUGUGGAUCAGUUCGAGAACAUGUAAAGAGCCACGAUACAUGCAACAGCCACGCCCACUACUCCUAUCCCCCACCACCAACAACUACAACAACAACAACUAUAACGUCGUCGCAGGCUUUACACACUUACACUUAUGCACACAAAUAUGAAAUAAUACAAUACAUAUAUAUGCUAAAUAAUUUAUCAAGCCGCGAUUUUCAUAGCUUGUACUAUAACGUACGUGUGUGUAUAGAAAGUUUUUUUUUUUUUGAGAGAACGUGUGUGGUUAAGAAAGAGAAAGAGCUAGAGACAGAGAAGCACGUCCGUUUCCACAGACUUCUUGUCUUAAGCGACAAUCAUAUCAUUUUUGAAAUCACUACAGUUCUAACAAUAAUAUUAAAAUCCGUUCCGUCGCCCAUUCUCUUCCAAGCCCCCUAUAACUUUUGCCUCCCUUUUUUUAUGACUGUGCAUGCAUU